AUGUCAUCAUUCUUAUCAACUGGACUUUUUAAAGGAUUAUUAGCUGGAUUUAUUGUUCCUCCUAUAGUUGCUAAAUUUGUAAUUAUUCCAUAUAUGGUUGAUCCAAAUUUCUUAAAAGAGAUUCAUUAUAUUCAACAAGAAGUUGAAUAUGUUGGUUGGACUGUACGUCAUUUACAAGAAGAUAAUGGAUUUAAAGAAGAGGAUAUGUAUCGUCCUGCAAGCUUUGUCAAUCAUCAACAAGUAUAA